CAGACCUGUCCAAACAUAACUCAACGUAGGUCCCAGCAUCUCUCGCACCUCUGACACUGCAUGGCUGCUGUCUCAUAUUAAUGAUCCUUCUCUCAAGAGGAAGGAUGGUGUCACUGAUCUGAGUGGGUGCUGUAGCAAUCAAGCAAAGCCAUCUGAGCAACCCUUAACUAAUGUUAUCACUCUUAUCCACUCAAAGGGUUCCACAUUGGCCAUACUGGGGAAAAAAACUGACAUUUGGUCUUUCACUAGUUUACGUUUUUGUUGAUAGUUAUGAAGAUGGUGAGAUUUUCCACAGCUUUUGAUAGGAUCAGGCUCUCCCUAGUAGUAGUGAGUGGAAUCAGUGGGCAUAACAGACCAAAGACACACUAUAGCCUGAUGCUGAUAUUUUUAGUUUGCCCUAUCUGCCAAGGCAAAAAUCUUUGGUUUUGAUUGUCCUGUGAUUAUUUUAAAAAAAGACAGUGUUGAAACCAAACACUCAGCAUGAUUGUUUUCUGUCCUGUCAAGAACUGGCAGUCUUAUGUACCAGAUUAAUGCUGGAUGAUACUGAGAGGCUGUCUAUCUCUAAAAAAACCUUGAGAUAGUUGUGAAUCAUAUUCCUUGUCAUUGUCCAUAAUGCUUUCAAUCCCUCCAUCUUCUCUCAUUUGUCUGUUACCCUCCACAAUUCAUCAAAGCAUGCUUACCAUAUAUAUGUACAUACUGACCUUAAUGGCACAGUGGCUUUUGAGUUCAGUCCAACAAAUUUGCCUUACAUUUCAUAUCAAAACUGGACAUGAUGUCAAAUUGUUGAGCACAGUAGUGGUCUUUGAGGAAAAGGAGAACACUAUAUCUGUCUUACAGUUGACAGCACACCAUCAAGCUUUUAUUUUGCACUUUGUAGUGCAAACUUAAUAUAAAAUGGGGUCAUGUGACACCACUUAAAUCAAUAGUAAUUUUGUUAGUUUUUAACAGAGGAUGUCACACCAAAAACCGUCAUUCCUGUUGGGUAAAACUUUGGAUUCACAGGCCAAAUUUUAAACCUUCAAAUUUGAAGAAGCAUAAGGGAACAAGCUUCAUUGGCAGAAACAAAUUCUUGAAUUUCACAUUUGUAUGAGUUUCAGUGUAAGUAGAAUGGGAGGAAUGUUCCUGAGUUUCAAGUCUGACCAAACCCUAACACUGAUUUGUUGUGUCUACUCCAAAACUACCUGCCCUCCAUUUUUUCCUCAUUCCAGGACUUUUUGGGUCAGACGUUCUGUACUCUUGGGGAGAUUGUUGGAUCACCCGCCAGCCGACUGGAGAAACCACUGGGGUCUGGGCUGAUGGGAAGCUGCUGUUUCUUUUUUUUCUAAAGCUUCAGCUGCCUCUCUGUCUUCUGUGAGGAGCACACUGAAUAUAGCUGGAGCAGAUCUUUGAUGGAGGAAGAGGGGCUACAAGCGAGAUCUUUGCAAACAGGCCAUCAAGGAGUUGAUGAUAAACCAGUGUCUCCAUGAAGGAAGGAAGGAAGGAAGAAGGGAAGGAAGGAAGGAAAGAAAGAAACAAAGGGGGAAGGAAUAUUUUCCCUCCAGCUUCCACUGUACAACUGACAGGGAAGUCUUUGAUGCUGUGAUGAAAAGUGACGGCUGUAAAGCCCAGGGCAGCUUGUGUUCAAGCAGCUAGGUGAAGUGAAACGGAUGGUUGAGGGGUACUGGGCUCUGUGGAAAUGUACUCCCCAGAGAGGGGUUUGCCCACAGGAACAUCACCAGCUUGAUCCAGGAACCUCUCUCCUGGCAAAGGCUGGAAUCAAAAGAGGGAUUCCAGGGAAGAAAUGCGGCACUAUCAUCUUGUCUGCAGAGGAGCUGAGCAAUUGUCGAGACAGCGCCACUAUGCAGUUCUGUGCCAACAAGCUGGACAAGAAGGACUUCUUCGGCAAGUCGGACCCUUUCAUGGUUUUCUACAGAAGCAAUGAGGACGGAACGUUUACUAUCUGCCAUAAAACAGAGGUGGUGAAGAACACAUUAAAUCCUGUGUGGCAGCCUUUCACUAUCCCAGUACGAGCACUGUGCAACGGCGACUAUGACAGAACUAUCAAGGUGGAGGUGUAUGAUUGGGAUAGGGAUGGCAGUCAUGACUUCAUUGGGGAUUUCACAACCAGCUACCGAGAGCUAGCUCGAGGGCAAAGCCAGUUCAAUGUGUACGAAGUGAUUAACACCAAGAAGAAACUGAAGAAAAAGAAAUAUGUCAACUCUGGAACAGUCACCCUGCUCUCGUUCUCCGUGGAGUCAGAGUUCACAUUCUUAGAUUACAUCAAAGGAGGGACGCAGAUCAAUUUCACCGUGGCCAUCGAUUUCACAGCAUCUAAUGGUAACCCCUCCCAGUCCACUUCGCUGCACUACAUGAACCCCUACCAGCUGAACGCCUACGCCAUGGCCCUGAAGGCUGUUGGGGAGAUCAUUCAGGACUAUGACAGCGACAAGAUGUUUCCUGCUCUCGGCUUUGGAGCCAAACUGCCCCCUGAUGGACGGGUGUCACACGAAUUUCCGCUGAAUGGAAACAUGGAAAACCCUUACUGUAACGGUAUAGAGGGCAUCUUAGAGGCAUACCACCAGAGUCUGAAGACAGUACAGCUGUACGGGCCAACCAACUUUGCUCCUGUAGUGAACCAUGUUGCCAGGUAUGCAGCGGCAGUGCAGGAUGGCUCUCAGUACUUUGUGCUCCUCAUCAUCACAGACGGCGUCAUUUCCGACAUGGCCCAGACCAAAGAGGCCAUUGUUAAUGGUGCCAAGCUUCCUAUGUCCAUCAUCAUAGUUGGAGUGGGUCAAGCUGAAUUUGACGCUAUGGUGGAGCUGGAUGGUGAUGACAUCAGGAUCUCUUCCCGAGGGAAACUGGCAGAGAGAGACAUUGUUCAGUUUGUUCCCUUCAGAGAUUAUAUGGACCGGACAGGUAACCAUGUGUUAAGCAUGGCGCGGCUCGCUAAAGACGUGCUAGCAGAGAUCCCUGACCAGUUCAUCUCUUACAUGAAGAGCCGGGGGAUCAAACCCAACCCAGCGCCGCCUCCUUACACACCACCCGGACACACACACCACCACACACAGAUCUGAUCUGAUCACUCUCCCCCAUUCGCUUUUCACUGAGGACUGACAGCAUGCAGCAGCCACUCAGAGUCCAGUGGGAACUCUCUACCUCCUGUUUUUUGGUGCAAGCAGGAGAUGACGCACCAGGAAAUGGGUGUUGAAUUCUAGUGACUAUUGGAGCAGCAUUUUGUUUAUUUUUUUGUUUGUUUUUUCUGUGAUAUAUUCAUUUGGUUUCUCUUGAAAAGAGGCUGCAACCUCUUGUUUCCAGGACUUGUUGGUGAAAUGCUUUCAAUCAACACUGAGGCAGUGACUGUUUCACAUCUAAUUUGACAGCAGGUUGGUUCAAAAAGGUCAUGUUGUGGUUAAAACUUGUGCCUGUCUGUGGUUGUUUCUAUAAGUGUAUCAGGACAUGUGAACUUUGACCUAAGCCUUGCUCGUCAGUCAUUGGUGUGGCCUAAUACAGUGAUAUUUUUUAGGCACCUUUUCCCUUCUGGAAUUAGUUUUUAUAUUUGGGGAUUAUCUCCGUAUCUGAUCAUGCAUCAGUUACGAUGGAAAAAUACAGGUGUGUAGUUUACAGUUACUAACAUUAAUCAGGCUUUUCAUACCAUGAGGUGUCACCUCUUCUCUUCUUUAUUAAGUAAAUGUUUA